AAAUAAUCAUAUAUUAAGACUUUUAUAAAUAAUGAAUUUUGCACCCGAAAUGUUGGAGGAAAAGAGGGAGAAAGAAUAAAAAAAUAAAAAUACAACGCUUCGCCAUCAUUAGUCAUCGUGGGGUACAUCUUCUUCUUCUUCCAUAGUUUCGCCCAUCUGAAAAGCUUGGAACAAGGAUAUCGCAUUCCAUCUGUUAGUUCCAUUGAGUUCCGAACACCCAAUCCCGUCGUCUCAAAAAGGGGAAAUGUCAAGUUACGUAGGUGUUGUGGUCUCUGAUCCAUGGUUACACAGCCAAUUCACACAAGUCGAGUUACGUACCCUUAAAUCCAAGUUUAACUCAAAUAAAACGCUCUUGGAUCGUUUCACCGUUGGAGACUUACCUCCUGUCUUGGCAAAGUUGAACGCAUUUAGUGGCACCUUUGAUGAGGAUGAGAUCAAAUCUGUAUUGGACAAGUCUUAUUCCAAUACUUCUGAUCAAGAAGUCGAUUUCGAGACUUUCCUCCGGGCGUAUUUAAGUGUGCAAGCACGAGGAGUGGAAAAGUCAGGAGGAUCAAAGGCUUCUUCUUCUUCAUUCCUCAAAACUAGCACCACCACUGUUCACCAUGCCAUUAACGAAUCCGAGAAGGCUUCCUACGUUUCCCAUGUCAACAGUUACUUGAGGGAUGAUCCUUUCUUGAAGUCUUACCUUCCUAUCGAUCCUGCUACCAAUGCUUUCUUUGAUCUUGUUAAAGAUGGUGUUCUUUUGUGUAAGCUUAUAAAUCUUGCUGUUCCUGGGACCAUCGACGAAAGAGCUAUCAACACCAAGAAAAUACUCAACCCAUGGGAGAGGAAUGAGAAUCUUACUCUAGGUCUCAAUUCUGCCAAAGCUAUUGGCUGCACUGUCGUCAACAUUGGAACUCAGGACAUUGCUGAAGGAAGACCAUAUCUCGUACUUGGGUUGAUAUCGCAGAUUAUUAAGAUUCAAAUGCUGGCUGAUCUCAAUUUUAAGAAAACUCCUUCACUUUUCCAAUUGGUGGACGACACUCAGGAUGCGGAGGAGCUCAUGGGACUGGCUCCUGAAAAAGUAUUGCUCAAAUGGAUGAAUUUUCAUCUCAAGAAAGCUGGUUAUGAAAAGCAAGUUACCAAUUUUUCUUCUGAUGUUAAGGACGGUGAGGCAUAUGCGUAUCUGCUUAAUGCUCUUGCUCCAGAACACAGUUCACAUGUGGCAUUAGAGACCAAAGACCCCACAGAAAGAGCCAAAAAGGUUCUUGAACAGGCUGAGAAGAUGGAUUGUAAAAGAUACCUUUCUCCAAAGGAUAUUGUCGACGGCUCUGCAAAUCUUAACCUUGCCUUUGUGGCCCAAAUAUUUCAACACAGGAAUGGAUUGACUGAUGACAGUUCAAAGUCGACGUCAUUUGCUGAGAUGGUGAAAGAUGAUGUGGAAUCUUCACGAGAAGAAAGAUGUUUCCGCCUCUGGAUUAACAGUCUUGGAACUGCUACUUAUGUCAACAAUGUUUUUGAGGAUCUUAGGAAUGGAUGGGUUCUUCUUGAAGUUCUUGAUAAAGUGUCACCUGGCUCGGUCAACUGGAAACACGCAAAUAAACCUCCCAUAAAAAUGCCAUUCAAAAAGGUUGAGAACUGCAAUGAAGUUAUUAAGAUUGGGAAAGAGCUGCGCUUCUCCCUUGUAAAUGUAGCUGGUAACGACAUUGUCCAAGGAAACAAGAAACUCCUUCUCGCUUUCCUGUGGCAACUAAUGAGAUAUACAAUGCUCCAACUUCUGAAGAACUUGAGAUCUCACUCGCAAGGUAAAGAAAUUACAGAUGCCGAUAUUCUAUACUGGGCGAAUAGGAAAGUGAAACGAGUAGGACGAACUUCUCAGGCUGAGAGCUUCAGGGACAAGAAUCUGUCAAGUGGAAUCUUCUUUCUGGAGCUUCUUACUGCGGUAGAGCCAAGAGUUGUCAACUGGAGCCUCGUUACCAGUGGAGAAACAGAGGAGGACAAGAAGUUGAACGCUACAUACAUAAUCAGUGUUGCAAGGAAGCUCGGAUGCUCCAUAUUCUUGUUGCCUGAGGAUAUCAUAGAGGUGAACCAGAAGAUGAUGCUUAUUCUGGCUGCUAGUAUCAUGUACUGGAGCCUUCAGCAACAAUCAGACACAGAGUCGAAUGUCUCAGAAGAUGCUACUGACGAAGGCGAUGCAAAUUCUGUUACUGGUGAAAUCUCCAACUUGUCCCUUGAUGAGGCUUCUGAGUCUUCUCCAAUUGUCCAAGAUCAAGAAUUAUUGACAAAGGCAGACGAGGAUACGGAUAAGGAUGAGGUUGAUGGUGAUGGUGAUGGUGAGAAUAAUAAUGAUGCUUAACGAGUUUGAAUGGUAAUUUUAUUGCUGUUUCUUUUUGGGUUUUGCCUGAAGUAGUGCAUUGGAUUUUUUGAUUGGCAAUGCAAGACAGAAAAAGGAUGGUUUGGUGUAUACAGUGGUGUAUACAAACAAAGAGGCUUUGUACACAAUAUAAAACUUGUGUUACUUUAAACCUCUCUUUUCUUUAAUUGUGAAAAAUCUAUUAAAUUUCAUUUUUACUCUGGAGAUUUUUCUUUUUAAUUUUAAUGACAUCAUCUACU